GUGGGCAUACAGCAGUUUGUAUGCACAUCCAGAGUGCUGCAGGAGUGUGGAAUUCCCUUAGGACCUCACAACGCACCGCACCUGAGGAGCGUGAAUGACUCUUACUGCUUACAUAUCAUCCGCAUCCACCAUAUCCAGCCAAUCUCUGUGAGUGCCUGACACCUUGCAUUUUGUCGAGCAGUUCCCACUGAAAGCAGAACAGUGGCCUUCCAGCUGAGGAUUCCUUUCCAGGACCAAGGGUCCUUGUAAUCAAGGCUUCCGGAUCCUGUGGCCUAACGCAGCACUCUGUGUGGCGAGGGUCCAGAGAGAUGCUGUAAUGGAAGCAGCAGUCAACAUGUCAAUGUUGUGAUUUCCUCCCUCUGACAGCUUUGCAGGCUGAGAUAUUUAAGGGACGGACUUUAGAAAGACACUACAAGAGCCAUGAGGAUUUCAACCACCUUGCUGCACCUGCUCCUUGUCCACCUCAGCACCUCUCAUGUAACACAGUGGACGUAUAAAGCAGGAGCACUGGAUGAAGAGCACUGGGGAAAGCACUUUGCAGACUGCGCUGGCAAGCACCAGUCGCCCAUUGACAUCCAGAAGAGGAAAGUGAAGUACAAUCCACAGUUGAUGCAGCUAGAGCUGAGUGGUUACGACGGCCCCUUGCAAGGGAACUUCACAAUGACCAACAAUGGACACUCAGUCCAGAUUGAUUUGCCACCCACCAUGCGCAUCACCAAAGGGCUCUCAAGCAUCUACACCGCUGUCCAGAUGCACCUGCACUGGGGUGGGCUGGACCUGGAGACCAGCGGCUCUGAACACACCAUGGAUGGAAUGAGAUACCUGGCUGAGCUGCACGUUGUUCAUUACAACUCGGGCAACUACUCCAGUUUUGAAGAAGCAAAAGACAAACGCAAUGGGCUGGCAGUGCUUGCUUUCCUCUAUGUGGAUGGGAAUUUUGAGAACACCUACUACAGUGACUUCAUCUCCAAACUGGCCAAAAUCAGGUUUGCAGGGCAAUCAACCAAGCUCAGUUCACUGGAUGUCCAAGCCAUGCUGCCUGAAAACCUCUCGCACUUCUACAGAUAUCACGGCUCGCUGACCACACCACCUUGCUCUGAAAGUGUGAUCUGGACAGUUUUUGACUCUCCCAUCAUCCUGUCACACACACAGAUCUCACUGCUGGAGAACACCUUGCUGGACUGGCAGAACAACACCCUGCGGAACGAUUACCGCCACACUCAGCCUCUCCACAGCCGAGUGGUGGAAUCCUCUUUCAAGGCCAAAGGCACCACAGAACGCUGCCUCCCAGAAGAACUCAACUCAAAACUGGAGCAAAUACACACACAGAUCCAGGAGAUGAAGAAGCAUCUGCUGGCUGGAGGGGGCAUGACAAGCCAUAAAUCUAGUGCUUUCCCUGCUUUCUACUUCCCUGCUGAAAACAUCAUCAGCUACGUGACCGUCCGGCCCCUCCGCAGCAUGCAGCUCCUCUCCUUCACCUUGUGCUUUUGGAUCCACGCCCAGAACCAAGGCAGUCAGACCGUUCUCUCCUACAGCACCCAGGAAAGAGACAACGAGCUGUUGGUGACUGUGGGCUCUGCGGUGGAGUUGUGGGUAGGGGGCUACUCUGUUGAGUUCCCCUUGCACCACACAUCUGAGGAGUGGCUCCACUAUUGCGUGACAUGGGCUUCCCACUCUGGGGCAGCCCAUCUGUGGAUCAACGGCGCCGUGGGAAGAGAGAAGCACCUCCAGAGAGGGUACGAGACCCAGGCUGGCGGGACGCUCGUCCUUGGGAAAGACAGAGAUGAGCUCCUUGGAAUCUUCUCCAACGGGUUCUCCGGGUGGAUGAGCCACCUCAGCCUGUGGAGCUGGAUCCUCAGUCACGCCGACAUUCGAGCACUUGCUUUGUGCAGGCAGGGUGAGCUGAAGGGGGAUGUGAUCGCCUGGGGGGAGACCCGCAUGAGUCUCUCUGGGGGAGUGGUGCUGGAGUCAGACCCCAGUUGCCGAUGACAGCAGGUGGAGUUGGUCCCAUCUUCCUGAGGAAAUGGAGAAGCACAGUGUGUGAGUUUUCUAAAGCACUGUGGCUUUGUCCACACUUAAAGGUUUCAGGUGCAGCUGCAGCAGCGCUUUAAACUGAAAGUGUGGCCAAGGCUUGUAAACCAUCUCCUCGAAGGAAGUAGCGAACUGCCACUCCUAGCGCUGUAACCUGGUUCACACUGGCACUUUACAGUGCUGAAACUUGCUGCACUUUGGGUGUGGGGGUGUGUUUUCACACCCUUGAGCCAGAAAGUUACAGCGUUGUAAUGUGCCAGUGUAGACAUAGCCUCAGAGUCCUUAAACACGUCGUAUCACAGUGUGACAUUCAGGGUAUGUCUACACUCCCAAGUUUUGACAACAAAAUGUGUGUCGCAGAGGGAUAGCCAUGUUAGUCUGUAUCUGCAAAAACAACGAGGAGUCCAUUGGCACCGUAGAGACUAACAGGUCGAUUUGGGCAUCAGCGUUCAUCCAAAAGUCAACAAAACACAAAUCACCAGAGGGUGUUUUCAUUUCCUCUCUCUGUUAACAGAUCAUGUCAUCAACAGUGGGAGCAGUGCAUUGUGGGGAAGUAUCCCACAGUGCCAUGUGGUGGGAAGGCAGAGCUGAUCCCUGCACAGCUUGGAUUCCCUCCAGGGUCUCCCAAAGCCACCUCAGCUGCUGGGAGCAGCAUCCGGAGUAGCGCUGUGAGCUCUCCGAGCUUUGACGGGGAGGGGAGCA